UAUUCGAAUGGCAUUCGUUUGUGCUGACUGCUGGCAGUCUGCAGCAAUUUAUUUUUGGCCUUGAGUGAAGAAAUUGUUAUCAGUACGUGUUAUUUCCUCCAAAAUUCUCUGCGACCUCGAAAACGAACCUCAAAGGUUCGCGAGGUUUCCAUGGAGGACCAUUUUUAGCUUUUCAACUUUCACUUUGCAUUCAGCGAAAUUCGCUAUAACACUAACUAUUCUUGCGUGCAGAACUCAUUCUGUCGCGCUCUAAAUCGAACCAUUGCGAAUUGUUGGUGUUGUGCGUACUGUUGUAUUUAUUGCAUUUGUUCUUUUUGAUGAUUGUUGGUGAUUUUUUCUACCGCUGCUCGAUGGUGACGUUAGCAUGCGCAUCAUCCAGAUAUGGACAAGUUCCUGCUGCGUCUGGUGGGUAACGUGUCGUGUUCCCUUUCAGGCCUCACUUCCUAUCUCUCGCAAUCCCUGGAGGCGUCCUCCCUGCCCCCCGCACUAGCCGCCACUGAAAACAGGAUGCCGCGCAAUACCGCCGCCCGCAAGCGGCCCAUUCCGUCGCCGUCCAGCGACGAUGAGCGCUCCUUAACCCGAUCUCGUAGUCCCAGUGUGGUGAAAGCGCCGCGGUCCAAGAAACCCCGUCUGACCCAUGGGGUGGCGGUGCGUGAGCCGUCCCGCUCCCGUUAUAAUACCCGCAGUCGCGGCCGGCAUCGGCAUCAUUCGCCGAGCCGGGAUAUACAGUUGCGCAGUCGCAGCAAUCGGCGCGACCGCGAUACAACCAGUCGCAAGAAAUCCCGCAGUCCGUCGCCGGAGCUGCGCUUCCUAAGCCCGGAUCGGGUGGUCAACGAUAAGGACGGCCAUCUCGUGUACGAGAAUGAAGAUGUGAUAAAGCAUCGCUAUCGGAUUCUGAAAACCCUCGGCGAGGGAACAUUCGGACGCGUGGUGAGCGUAAUCGAUCUGAAACGUCCCAAACACCCGCCGGGCGCCCUGAAGAUCAUCCGCAACGUGGAGAAGUACCGGCACGCGGCCCAGCUGGAGAUUAACGUGUUAAGCCAACUGAACAGCAAGGACCCGGAGGGCCGCUUUCUCUGCGUUAAAAUGGUGGAUCAUUUCAACUACCAUGGACACAUUUGCAUCCUUUUUGAGAUGCUAGGCAAGAGUGUGUACGAUUUCCUCAAAGAAAACAGCUACCAUCCGUACCCGAUGGCGCAGGUGCGCCACAUCGCCUAUCAACUGGUCUUCUCAGUCAAAUAUCUUCACGAUAAUAAUCUUACGCAUACGGAUUUGAAGCCGGAAAACAUGUUAUUCUUGACUAACGAUUACACAAAAGUGCACGCUCAGGAGAAGGCCCGCAACAUUAAAUUAAAACCCGGCACCCAGAUCCGCGUGAUGAAGAGCGCGGAGAUCCGGCUGAUUGACUUUGGCUCGGCUACAUUCGACCAUGAACACCACAGUACAACGGUGACGACGCGGCACUACCGGGCACCGGAAGUGAUAUUGGAGUUAUCAUGGGCGCAGCCGUGUGAUGUAUGGUCCAUCGGUUGUAUAAUCUUCGAGUUGUACUCGGGUGUGACGCUGUUCCAGACGCAUGACAAUACGGAACAUCUUGCCAUGAUGGAGAGGAUAUUAGGGCCUAUGCCUUCACGACUAAUCCGCAAAACCAAGACCAGCUAUUUCCGCAAUGGCAAAUUGGAAUGGGACAAGCGUUCACAGAAUGGACAAUAUGUCCAAACACAUUGUAAACCUCUAAAGAAAUAUAUGCGCGAUACUGAGGAGGAGACCGUGGAACUAUUCGAUUUAAUUGAGAGCAUGCUGGAGUAUGAUCCCGAACGGCGGAUCACCCUCAGGGCUGCCAUGGAGCAUGGCUUUUUUGAUAAACUCCCGGCGGAUGAGAAACUCCAUCGGAUCUACCCCACUAACGGCUACAGCCACCUGCAUGAAGGGGGAAAGGGACGGAAGAAGACGAUAGCCCACAGCGCCAGUCGAUGAUGACCACUCGACGCUGAUUAUUGGCGUUCUUCUCCGCCCAGCCUUUUUGUAUGCCGGCAGGGCCGUUUUGUAGUUUAUUUGUUUAUGCCUGGGACGAUUGACCGCGUGUAUGUAGACGGCGGGGCAGGGGAGGUGUUGCUGUUAAGCGGGACUCUUUCAUGACUAGACGAAUGCGUUCUGGUUCUCUUUCCUUCAUUUUUAUAUGUGUUUUUUCAUUGUUUUAUGAGCGGCGGAUGAUUGUACUGCUGUCCGUUUUAAUGCUUUUUUGCCCGUGAAUGCAGGCAAGCAGUAAUUUAUAGGUCAUGCUAAAUUAUUUAUGUUUGUAUGCUGCUAAAAGAUGCACAUCGAGAAUCUGGAUAAUGUUGGAAGUGAAUCACGAGGGUAUGCGGUUU